CGUAGUAGCUUUGGUGAGAGGAACCUCCCGACCGGAGGGGCUCCGGCGUUGUGGUCUUCCAAGAUCAAAACCACAGGCGCAUUGUCGUUUUGCCUCGGGUGGCAAUGGUGACGACUGAGCCACCCAUCGUCUCCAGGUUGAAGAGGGAAGAUUGUAAACGCACCAAACACGACUCUGAGUUCACCAAAUGGAAGAUUCUUGUUGGGCCUUCUGAUUGGGAAGACCAUUCGUCGAGGAAGGAAGGAGCAGAGAGAUACAGAGUUCACAACCUCCCCUUAUGCUGUCAUUGUCCAGGAGUGUAUGAGCUUGGCAUAAGCGUGUCUCCCACUGGUUUAGGGCGUGAGGUUGGCAAGCUUGACCCUGCUCACAUUGUUGUGGUUUACCUUGGACAAGCCGAAGAUAUUAGGGCAAGGCUCCAGCAUUAUGGUCGUUCAGGUGCUCAUUUGGCUAAAGUUGACUCAACUGGUAACCCAAAUAACUGUAAGAAUAUGCCUCUCCAAAGAGGGUCUGGAUUGUUUGAAGGCAUAUUCUCAAGAGGUUACUCCAUCGUCUUUAGAUGGGCUCCAAUAGAAAGCAAGAGGGAUGCUGAGAGAACAGAAUCUCGGCUGCUCAAGACAUUUGAUUAUGCAUGGAACAAAGGCAGUAAUGGUGCACGUCGCCCCAGUGAUGUCCUCAGGAAACUUGAGAAAACUUCUUCAAGCACUCCCCUAUUUCCUAGUAUUACUAGGAAGUUUCAAAUGCUUGGCCAGAAGCAAGUGGGCAUCAUAAUCAAAGCUAGCAAGCCAUUUUUGCAGGAGAAUGGGCUCAGUACUGAUCAGGACAUCAAUUCUCUGCUUUCCCGAGUUUUCAAAUUUGGCAGAUCACAGCCACGAUUAGUCUUAGACAGAGUUGGUGUUACUGGUAACUAUAAUAGUACUUGUGGGGUGGCUUUAGGUGAUGGAACAAUUUGUGAAAGGCCACCAGUUGAAGGAAGAAAGAGGUGCGCUGAACACAAAGGAAUGAAGACGAAGAGCUCCUUCUCAAAGCCGAUUGUAGAAAGGAAACCACAAAUGGUUGAUUUAAACCGAGAGUCUGAAGGUCACAGUGCCCAGAGUUAUGGCUAUACAGUGAAUUUUCAACUGGUUGGGGGCAAAUGUCCUGUGAAUAAGGACUUCACCAUUAUUUGUGGAGUUAUCUUGGAUGAUGGCUUUCCUUGUAAAAGGCAACCAGUUCUAGGGAGGAAAAGGUGUGAAGAGCAUAAAGGAAUGAGAACCAACGUUUCAAUUUCAAACUCCACAGUAGGGAAAUCCCAUCACACAUAUGAAAGCAAGUUGCAGCCCCAAGUUCUCCCAGACUGCAGGUCUUUUUCCAACACGGACUACGGUAUUACUUGUGGAGUGGAUUUAGGCCAUGGGAUUUUCUGCAAAAGACUGGCUGUUGCAGGAAGAAAAAGGUGUGAGGAGCAUAAAGGAAUGAGGAUCAACAGCCUCAUCUCUACGCUAGCAAGCGAAGACAAAUCCCAUGCUUUGGAUAUGGGUUCAGGAUUCAUCACUUAUAACAACUCGAAUUAUAACCAUACUUCAACCUGUGGGAUGACCUUAGGUGAUGGUUCUCUCUGCAAGAGACAACCAGUGGAAGGAAACAAGAGAUGUUGGCAGCACAAAGGCAUGAGGGUCAAUUGUUCCUCCUCUUGGUUUGGAUCAGAAACAACUUUAUGUGGCGUACUCCUACGGAAUGGAUCUGUGUGCAGCAGAGUCCCUGCCCAUGGAAGGAAGAGGUGUGAGCAGCACAAGGGGAUGAGGCUAUGAGAGUUACCACUCCCUACUAUUUAUGAGAAGUAAACAAACCAAUGAUGUUGUGAUUUGUAGCAUGUUGUAUAAUCUUACUGUAAUGCGUGCAAUGAUUUUAUUAAGUAUUUAUAACCUUUUUAAUA